CGGAAGCGGCCUCUCUUUACGUCCCCUUCUCAGAGCGUGGAGAGGUCAGAGCGGGGAGAGGCGACACGAGGCGGCUGUUUUCCCAUCAGUCGGCAGUGACGGCGCCGGGCCCGGGGGAGAUGGACUCCAGCAACCAUCCCGGGGCGGCCGGGGGCAGGGGGGGAUUCGGAGGCCUGUUCGGCGGAGGCUCCCCGGGAUACUCACACUCUGACCUGGCCGGUGUACCGCUAACGGGAAUGAGUCCUCUUUCACCCUACUUAAAUGUGGAUCCAAGAUAUUUAGUACAGGAUACAGAUGAAUUUAUUUUACCUACAGGUGCAAGCAAGACGCGGGGGAGGUUUGAACUAGCAUUUUUUACCAUUGGUGGCUGCUGUAUAUCAGGCGCUGCAUUUGGUGCAUUGAAUGGUUUGCGACUUGGGUUUAAAGAAACUCAGAAUAUGUCAUGGUCCAAACCCAAAAAUGUUCAGAUUUUGAACAUGGUAACAAAACAAGGAGCAUUGUGGGCCAACACAUUGGGAUCUGUAGCUUUACUGUAUAGUGCAUUUGGGGUUAUCAUAGAGAAGACCCGGGGAGCAGAAGAUGAUCUCAACACCGUAGCAGCUGGCACAAUGACUGGGAUGCUGUACAAAUCUACAGCUGGAUUGCGAGGUGUUGCUCGAGGAGGUCUUGCCGGCUUGGCUCUUGCGAGCACUUACGCACUGUAUAAUAACUGGCAGCACAUUAAAGGUUCUUCAACACGGAUGUCCUUAUAAGACCAACAUUUUGACCGGCAUAGAAAAGAAACAUUCUGUGUAUCUUUCGUAUGGACUGUAGCUUACGUUUGCUAUCCUGGACUUUUUAUCCUUGUGGUUAUUUUUUUUUUCCAUUUUUUUUAUUUGCCUCUGGAUCACUGGGAGACGGCAUUAUUCAUGAAAAGACCAUCAAACAUUUACUUAACAGAACGAGGAAAGUUCCCGGGCAGACAGCGUCUAAAGUGUGUAUUGACAGUCUCCAGCAUAAACAAGGCAAAGGCUGGAAUAUUUUGUCAUUAAUAAAAGGCAAAGGAAAUAUAUUUAAGUAUAUUUAAUGGCAGUCAAAUCUAUUUAAUAAUUUGAUGUAUUCAAUGUAAUCAAAGAACUUCUGCACUUUUUAGCUGAAUUAAAAUGAGCAAUUUCAGCUAAACUACUAUGAUUUUGUUUGUUUUAUCCCCCUCUUCGAUUUAGGUUAGAACACAAAAAUUCUAACAUUUAAGGAUAAAUAGUUAUUAACUUUGUAAUUUUCUUCCCACCCCUUGUCUGAACUAAAUUAAUAGUUUUUGCUUAAAUUGUUCAAUUUGUAAAUGUAUGAUAGUUAAAGCUAUAUACAAAUAUUAUAGAAA